GUACUCACUGGUUUGAAGACGCAGCGCGCGCGCGCGCGACAAGUCACCCUCGCCACUGGCGUUUCUUGCUAAAAGAAGGCAGUGGCGCGUUUUCUCGUCGGGUUGUUGCUAUGAGUUUUGGGUAGCACUGUUUUCUCACUUCCGACUUUGAGAAGACUUCAUUUUUAUUUUGAAUUUGCUUUCUUUCUUUUUAAAAUUUGUUUGGACCGACCUCCUAAUUCACGUGAACUUUGGACUUGGGACACUUCACAGCCCCGCCGCUCGAGGAGGAACGAAAAGUUCAAUUCGGGAUCAUCGUCGCCAGGCUAGAAACGCUUCUUUGGAUGCUGGGCUUGUAAUUCCGGGGAGGUCUGGAUCGGAACCGUUCGUCCCGCUGAGCACCUGGAGCGUGUGGCGAUGGAAGAGACGGAGUUGUACAAGCAGAGGCUGUUAGCCAUUGCCGAAAAACGGCGAAUUCAGGAAGAGCAGGACCAGGCACGAAGGCAAAUGGAGGAGGAAAGGCUGCGUGUGCAACAGAUGAAGAGGAAGUCCCUGCGAGACCAGUGGCUGAUGGAAGGGCCAUCUCCUUCAUUCGACUCUAGUGGUCCCAGAUCACCUCCGUGGGGGUCACCGGUCCAACAGUUUGAGGAGCAACUGAACAAGCUCCAGACAGAUGCAGAUGCUGCGGCAGAGCAGAAGGUCCAUCAUCUGAAGCAGGAUGCGGUGGGAAAUAGUUUCAUCCCAACAGUGAACGAAGAAAUUGUGCUGCUGCAAACAAACACGUCCUCUGUGACUGAAGAUCUGACUGCUGCCACCAGUUCACAGAGUGCUGUACAGAUGGUUCCAGAAGCUUUGCAAAACGGACAGACGGUCGACAGUCCAGAAUGUGUUGCCACAGAGGGCGCCGUUGAGAAGAGCCUCCAAACUCUCAGCACCUCCGUUAUUUCUGCCCUGCCGCUUGUUUCCCACGAUGCUGAAUGGAAAGCAGAUGACGCCCAUGGACAAGAGGGUCCGGCAAUCGAGACCGUCCUUGAGAAAGUGGAGCCGCUGCCUCGUGAGUUGGUGGACGCUGAAGAUUUCAAGUCAGAGAUUCCUUGCGAUGAAACCCCAAACCUGCCGGCCGAGCUUCAGGAGAACAUCAGUGGCAAUGGAGUCCCAGUAGAAGAAUGUGUCUUCGCUAUGAGGGUUCAGGUUUCAGAAAAUGGGCUGAGAGAGGAUUCCCAGAACGGACCCGAGGCUCACAUAUCUGAAGGCGUCCUCGUCCACACCACCCAAGAGUGUGAAGAAGAAGACCACAGGCUGGCAGCGAAUGGCUCCCCCAGUGAUGCCGAAGACCCUGAAGGUGACGUUGCUGCCACAGCGGUGGAUGUUGGCGAGCAGAAGAGCCAAGCUGAAGGGGAAAAGCAAGAGAUUUGUACCGAGGAUCAGUCGGAAGGGACCAACGGCGAGUUAAGUUCUGUGGGAUGUGCAGAGGAGGAAUCGGAAGAGCAGGUGGGAGCCAUGAUGAGAGCCGAACGAGUGGUCAUAACGGAAGACGGAGAGGAACAUCCACUGGGGUCUACCGUCGAAAUCCUGGAGCCCAUCAAUCACACGGCUGAAUGUGCGCAGCAAGUCGCUUCCAAUAUAGAGAUGUGCGCCGAGGAAUUGUCGGGGGACCUGCAACCAGACCACUACGGGGAAAUUCCUGAGAGCACGGAUCCAUCCGCUGUAGUUCUGGACAGUCUGCCUGACUGGCCCAGUCCGGCGACAUCCUCGCCAGUAUCCAACGAUUCGGACAUUCCAGCAAACGACACGACAGAGGCGGAUGUGGCGGCACCACUGAGGGAACAAGUCGAGAAAUCAGAGCUGCGGCCCCUGCUAUUGAACGAAUCGGACCCCCACGUCCCGGUGAAGGCUCCAUCUACACCGUCCUACCAGGAGGCCUCCACUGUUCUCCUGCAGAGCUCGGCAUCGCCCCCUUGCAGCAGCUUCGGAGAAGAACAUCCCUCCGUAAGCAUGAAGGCUUCCGAGCCCCCUGCUUCAUCCAGAGACGUGGAGAGCCUCAGCCCGGUGAGACCAAAGCAGAAGACGUGUCAGUGCUGCUCCGUCAUGUGAGACCCCGGUAGCAGUGGAGAGCAGACCGACGUCGACAAGCCCACCUGUGUGCGGUCGAGUUUGUGGAUCUUGGCGUUCAAGCGCCCCUCUCGAUUUGAAUGAUUUGUAGUCUUCUUCUUCUUCAUUUUUUGUUUUAAUCCUCCACACGCGUUUUGGGAAGGUCACGGUGCCGCUCUUUAUUUUCCUAUUCGGGCACAGAAGCGGGCCGAGGGGCUUUUUUGUGACUUUUGCACUGUUAAUUUAUAAAGGAUAUUUUGGGACACUUCCUGGAGUGCGAUUCACAGGUCACAUGUAAAUAAUUUCAUUGUUGUAUACCUUUGACUGAAAAUGAGCCGCAGGAAAAAUUAUUGUUUUUUUAAACCCCCCCUCUUUUAUAAUUUGUGUGCACUGGCCAUGGGGGUUCAUUAUUGGUGGUCCGAAGAGAAGGACUGGAACUGGUGGCUGGCUCUGUGGAUGGAGAGUGUGAACCUCCCAUGACCUCGGUGUUGUUCACCUCGCCAUUGUAGGCCACUCACCGUCUGCCCCCCGGGUGCACGGUUGGUGGUCCUGGGGAGCGGUGGGCUUGAGCAGGUAAAUUUAAAGCCCUAAUGUUUUACAGCACCCAGGGUAGACCCCCCUCUUUACGUGUCCUCCUACGACCCCAAAGGUGAACGGGUGACACUAAGCUUGGCCCCGUGUGAAUGAGUCCGGGUGGGUGUCAUUGGCCCUGCAGUGGCCUACCUCCCAUCCAGUGCUGGUGCCUAGCCUCAGUUUUGAACUGGACAAGUGGGUUUUUUAUUUUAUGUAUAGUGCCUUUCCUCGAGGGUGGGCUUGGAGUGCUUAUGUUGUCCUGGGUGCAAACGUCACUUCUGGCAGAUCAGUAGGCAUGACCGAGAUGGACCAGGGCAGGACUGUUACUUCAGAAGAAUAGCUGAGUUGUCAUAAUUAACACAGAAUGAAAAUGUUCAAAUGUUCAGUGCAUUCCAAUAAACGACCCAAUAAUGAAAUCUUUUUAAAAA